AUGUGUGCAAAGUUUUUUUUGAAUACAUUAGGGAUAUCCGAGACAGUGGUUAGAAAUGCAUUAAAAAAAUCAGAAAGAGGAGGAUUUGUUUCACAAGACAUGCGCGGGAGACACGAACCAAAGAAUAAGUUACCUGAAGUUAUUAAGGAAGGGAUUCGCACUCAUAUUCGGUCUUUUCCAGUUUAUGAAACCCACUAUAGUCGUGAAAAAAUUAAGAAAAGGAAGUACUUGGGAAGCGAACUUAAUACAAAUAAAAUGUUCAGUAUGUACAAACUCAAAUGUGAGGAAGAAGAUCUUCCAAAGAGUCAGAUUGCCAAACCUUGGAUAUAUCGCCAUAUCUUCAAUACAGAGUUUAAUUUAGGAUUUAAACUACUCUCGAAUGACACUUGUGAUAUGUGCAAUAGUUUGAAAAUGGCAUUAUAA